AUGACUUCUGAAAACGUUAAAUACCGUUUACAGAGAAUUCAAACCCUUAAUGGUGAACAAGAAGUUACCUUGAAACAAGUCUGGGCAUACUUUUUGAAGUUCUACGGUUAUCCAAUUGAUAUUUCGGAUCAAGAUUUGGCUUAUAAACAAUGUUUUGUUGCUUCUACUUCAACUGCCAAUUUUGAUGAAUCACAAGCUAUUCCAACAUUAGGUUUAUCAAAGACAAACACUAGAGGUUCAAUUAAUUCUACAACAAGCACUGCAUCCAAAAAGAAGAGAGGUUUGUUUGGUUCCAAGAAAUCAUCCGCAUCGGCCAUGAAUGCCAGUGUCAGUAACCAACUGACUGGUACUCCACCAGCAAAUUCCAAAAGAAUGAUGCAAAUCCAAUCACAAUCAUCUUCAGAAAGAUAUGUCCCAGUAGACAGACCAAGUGAAGAAUUCUUUGCUAUCUAUGCUCACCAUUUCAAGGCAAGUUAUGAAUAUUCCGAUGAUUAUGACCCAAGUUUGGAUUCUGCUGUCGGUGGUGGUGGUUACUCCAAUGGUAAUGGAUACUAUGGAAAUGAUGAUGCUGCAUCAAUCAACUCUAUGGAAACUUUUGUUACUGCUUCUACUUCCUUAACUGAUUAUGAUGAUUUGCCAGCUCUGAUUUUUAAGAACAAUGGAAGAGCCAAUGGUAAUACAUAUGGUGGUAGAAUUGGUCACCCUGGUAAACAACAGCAGCAACAGCAGCAGCAAUACCAACAAUCAGGAUUCUCAUCAUCUGGAGGACGUUCUCUUCAUGAAGCUACCCUUAACUAUCCUGUUCAUGUCAAUACUGGCCGCAGUCCACUUACUUUCCUUAAUCAAUACAAUCCAAAGGAACAGCAUCAAGCUAUUUGCAGAGUUCCUCGUAACGAUUUAAUUGAUAAUCUUCUAUUACGUUUUAUCAGAGCAAGAAAGUGGGAUAGUGAAAGAGCCAUUGAGAUGAUGUCCAAAUCCUUGCAUUGGAGAAGUACUGAUUUCCCAGCUGAUAUCUGGGCCAUGGAAGGUGAUGCCCCAUCCUAUCUUAACGGAACUAAUAAAGGGUUUGUUCAUAAUUUCACCACUGAAAAAUCCUGGAUCAAAGGCAGAGAUAAGAACAAUAACCCAAUUUUCAUGUUUCAAGCCAAGAAGCAUUUCACUGCUGAUUCUCCAUUGGAACAAAACCAAAGAUAUGCCAUUGUUACUAUUGAAUGGGUUAGAUUGUUUUUAAGAGAAGUUAGUGAAUCUGUUGAUACUUGUACCAUUGUCUUUGAUUUGACUGGUUUCUCACUUAAGAAUGCCGAUUACUCCACCAUCAAGUUUUUGGCUGAUGUUUUUGAAGCCCAUUAUCCAGAAACUCUUGGUUUCAUUUUGAUUCACAAUGCUCCAUGGAUUUUCUCUACUGUUUGGAACAUCAUUAAAGGUUGGUUAGAUCCAGUUGUUGCCUCCAAGAUCCAUUUCACCAAAGAUUCUAAAGAAUUGUCUAAAUUCAUUGAUCCAACUUUGAUUCCAGAUUAUUUGGGUGGUGAAGAUACUACCCGUGGAUUCUAUCCAAUUCCUGAACCAAAAGACGAAUUUCCACCAAAACAAAAGGAUGCUGAAUUUGUUAGAUUAAGAAGAGAAAGGGAUGAAUUGUUUGUUAGAUUUGUUGAAACUACCAAGAGAUGGAUUGAAUCUACAAACCCUCAAGUAUCUGAAAAAUACUUGAGAGAUAAGAUUGAUUUAAAUGUGGCAAUCUCCAAAAAUUAUAUUCAAUUAGAUCCAUAUAUUAGAAAUGCAGGUAUUUAUGAUAGAGAUGGUACGUUGACUGUCGGUCAUUAG